UGUGUUUUUUUUAGAGUGCGAUAUGUUGAUUAAUUUGUUAAUUUAACUGAAAAAGUUAAUUUUGCGGUAAAUAUUCUUUUGAUUAUGCAAAUCAUUCAAUAGAAAACAAAACAUGAGUUCCAAGAACAUUUUCUCGAAACAUCUGCCAAAUAUCAAGCUUGCAACCCGCUUUGAUGCAGAUGGAAAUGAAAUUCAGGUUGAACGGCGCGAAGAUGAAGAGCAAAAGCGCAAGGAACAAGACAUUAUCGACAUAUUGGUUGGAGCCGGAUACUACAGGGCUCACAUCCAGGGUCUGUCGAUUUUCGAUAAAAUUGUUGGUGGAAUGACCUGGUGCAUUGAGGCCUGUGAUUACGAUGUCGACGUUGAUUUGUUAUUCCAUGAGAAUCUAACAAUAGGACAAAAAAUUGCUCUCACCGAAAAAAUUGUAGUCGUUCUGCCCAAAAUGAAAUGUCCCAAUCAACUUGAGCCUCAUCAGAUACAAGGACUUGAUUUUAUCAAUAUAUUCCCAGUUGUGGAAUGGCUGGUCAAACGAUCCGCUGAAAACAGAAGCGAAAAGGCAGGCCGAUUGAAGAAACUGGCUAUUUCGCAAUUUCAAAAUCAUUUUGAUCUUCAAUCAGAUCGCGAAACCAAACAAGUGCAUGCUCGACAGCUGCACAAUUUAAAAACCAUAGAAGAUAAAUACAUUCCGAAACGUCAAUUCAAACGAAAGGAAAAAGGACCGGACGAUGUGAUGAGUCGGGUACGAAUAACUUUAAUGGAAUACGGAACUAAGGAUUUCUCCGUUAAAACCAACAUUGAUAUACCGGAAAUUGAAGGCGCACAGGAACCGGAAGACGUUUUUCAAAAUGUGCUGCAAAAUAUGGAACAAGAGCUUGAUUUUGAUCAGUUAUUCAAAAACUUAUCAGUUGCCAAAGAGCAAAACAUAAUUCCCGAACUAAGUGAUUCGGAACGAGAUGCUCUCAACCAGCACUAUGAAGAUCUUAAACGGGAGAUGUCCAUCGAUACAAGUCAAUUGUCGGAGCAAAAUAAAAUCAAGACGGUACUAGCAACAAAACUGGCUCUAGAAAAGAAGUUAGAAAAGUUGAAAACAGUGAGGGAUCAACUGCAGGCUGAUACCAAUGAAAAAAGGCAAAAAUUAGAUCACAUUAAAAAUGAAAAAGAGCAGCUAGAAGAAGAAAUUCAUAAUUUGGAUAGUGUGGAAAUAAGCGAAGAAAAUCAGAAAAUUCUCACUCACGUACAGGCCCUGAUCGCACAAAACGAACAGAUGAAACAACAAGAAACUGACUUUAAGGAAAAGUGCAAGAAAGAGUUGUUUGAGCUACAAGAAAAGAUUAGGAUAGCUGAAGAAACUCCUUCGGAAGAAGAUAUUUCCAAAUACCAGGUACAGCUGGACGAGCAACAGGAACGGCGUAAAACUUUGCGUUUGCAGCUCGCCAAGAAAAACCGGGCUUACGUAUCUAUAAACCGCCAGCUGGAUAACAUUCCUGAUAGAACUGAACUGGCACAAUAUCAGCGUCGCUUCCUAGAGUUGUACAAUCAAGUCAGUGCGAAACAUCGUGAAACUAAGCAAUUCUACACUCUGUACAACACACUCGAUGACACGAAAUUGUACCUAGAGAAGGAAAUGUCGUUGUUGAAUUCAAUCUACGAAAACUACGGCAGCGCUAUGCAAUCUUUCAGCUCCAGAGAACAGUUUGUUCAGCAAUUUGAAAACAUUGUUGCAGGCAUUCGUGCCAACAAAGCGAAAGUCAAAAAGAAGUGCGAUGAUGAGCGUGCCAUACGAGACGGACUAAACGCCCAGCUCCUGUGUUUGGUGGAACAACAACGAAAAUAUGCUGCAACUGUAAAGCAAUUGACAGUGGAAUGUCAACGCAACGAAAUUCUCCUUUCCAGGCUUCAGCAGCUGCAGAAGAACGCCGCUACUUGAGAGGGAACGAAUUAUUACUUGAAAAUUUAGAUCCUAAUAAAUUCUAGAUACGCUGAGUACUAA